AUGAUGUUUGGAAGACCCCGAUGCAGAGAGUGGACGCCGUUGGCGACUCAGCAACUUCGUUUGAGAAGUUUAAUUCAGAUUGUGGGCUACAAUAUACGACCGCCCGAGAGUUGCACCCACCAGUGCAGCUACUACCUGACUCUGCAUCAGACCACGAUGUCAGCGCCGUUCUACACCAGUGAGAGGAUAUGCUCUCCGCACCCCAAAUGGAAGGAGAUAGACUCAGAAAUAACGCAAAGUAUGUCCUCUACGAACGUGGUCAUACGAAUAUGGUGUCACGUGGUACUUCCCAUUAACGCUGACGAGAAAUGCGAAAUGCCACAGGACACCGUCAUCCAGACGUGGGGCGUCUACUUCAGCGGUCUCAGAUACAUAGGGGCCAAUUUAGCGCUAAACUUCACAUCCGACUGCUUCAAAAGCAACACGCUCGUGUUCCAAAUGCACGGCGGAUACUUCUGCUCGUACAAAAGCCUCAAAAUGGACGUGAUGCCGCCCGAGAACGAGUUGGAACAGGGAUCCCUGUCGUCCGAAUCCUCCGGGAGAACAAACAUCUCAAAGAUCAUCUUCGACCACAAGACACAGAACCACAGACUGAGUAAAGAGUCCCGAUCGAUAUCGCCCAGUAAGUACUCGAAGCUAUCCGACAAGGAGUACUCGAAGAGCCACAGUCCAGUCGAGAGGGGCCUUCGACAGAACUUCGCGACACUAAAAACUUCCGCUAGCCUGAACAUUUCCCUGAACCAGAGGGAGCUGAGGAGUAGGGAGGGCAGCAGUGAGAGGCAGCGUUGCGACCCCAGCCAGAUAUACGAGCACUCGCCCGACCAUCUGGACGUGACCACCGGCGAUGUGAACUGUACCGAGCUGUCGAAGUUCACAUCACGCGAGGAGCUGUCCAGCAGCAAGAUAGACCUGAGCGAGACCGCCGAGAGCUACGACCUGAGGAACGAAUCGGACGGCGAGCCGAAAUACCGGUAUCUGGCGCUGAGCUUCCUCAAGUCGGAGAUAAGGCCGAGCUAUGACGCGGGCAAGCUGCAGAAGCUGCACCUGCUGCAGUACUCGAUAAAGAAACGCCAGGAGGCGGUGCAGGAGAUAAAGGCGAGGAUCUACAAGAAGUCCGCGCUGACAGACGACGCGUGGGCGCGGAGCGACGACCAGAACGAUCUCAAGCAGAGGAAGAGCAGGUCCCAAAGGAACCUGUUCUCGCCGGACGAAAGUCUAGGCAGGGAGAAAUCAAGCUCUCACGGCGAACUGACCGUGAAGAACGGCAAGAUCAAAGACGACAGGCCGGUUUCGAACGGACCAAGGCUGACUCUAAAACUGAACGACCUUUUGUCCUUCAAGUCUAAACCUUCUCCCUUUCAAAGGGCAGAGUAUGUAAGACUGACGAAGCAAUUGGAAAUUCUACGAUUCAAGCGAAUAAUACUGUCGGACGAGAGAGACAGCAAACUGGCGAAUAUAAGGAGAUUGAAAGAGAAACAAAGCAAGCUGUUUGAAGAGAAUCAAGAUGUCGGCCUGGAGCUGAUGGAAAACUACCACACGCUGUCACGUCGCAACGAACUGUUGAGGGAGACUAAACAGUCGUGCGCCGCUAUGCGAGAGUUGGCCGCCAGGAACCACGCCGCUUUGGCGAACCAGCGCUGCGAGCUGCUGACACAGCUGCACCAGAUAUUCUACAUCGAGCAGAGCGACUCGGAUACCUGGCGAAUACUGGACGUGCCCCUCCCGAUUUGCGACGACGAGAACACAAGGCCCAGCAACGCGGUGUGCGAUUCCGUUGCGGCCGGCUUCGUGGCGCAGGCGACGUCACUGGCCGCCGCCAUCUUGAAUCAGCCGCUACGCUACAAGAUCACACUGCUGGGUUCCGCCAGCAAGAUACUUGACGUGAUGCCCGAUUGGCCGGAUCCAAAUAUACCGCUCUUCGCUCGAGGCGGCGACGUGUCCCUGUUCCGCUACGCGAUGUUCCUGCUCAACAAGUGUAUCGCGCAGUUGCUUUGGGGAAGGGGGUUGGCAGUGACCGACAUGAGGCCGACCCUGAGCAAUCUGCAACGUCUUCUGACAGCUCCGAGUAAUCUAUCGGACACGUCCAAACUAUUCGGCACGUACCGUUGGCUGGCCGACAACAAGUGCCCAAAGACUCAAUCACUACGCAGCCUGGUCGCCUCCGAGAGGGGGAAAUACAGACAGUUUAAUCGUUUCAAGGACGGAGUGGAAGGUCGCGGUUUGAUGAUGAACGUUCGUAGGCACAAACAUUCGCGUAGCGUUGGCAGCUACCGCGAUGACCAGUUUUUGACGGUACCAGAGCUGUCGACUCUAGACGCGUCCACCACAUCGAUAAUGGGCAGCGAUUCCAACAUCUACAACAUGAAACUGACAAGUACGGACUCCACUGACAACCACCUCAAGGGCCACAGCUCAGAUUCGGAGAUCAGCAAAAUGGGCGGCGGCGAGGGUGCAGCGGGGGGUAGUUCCGAGGUGAUAUUCACCCUCGGGGAUGACUCCACCCUUAUCGGCUUGGACACCGAGAGGCUGGUCAAGAUGUCGGUCAACAACGGAGACGAAUGGAGGUGCGUCGAAGACGUUAAGAGGAUCUGCACCGAAAUCGAGAGCUACUGCACCGUUGGUGCCGAAUCCGAGCUGGGAGGGAGAGAAUCCGGGGAAUCCCGCCCCUGGAUGAAGGGCUGCCCAGAAAUAGAGGAUGGCGCGGUCACGUGCGAUUCGUGCGAUAGGAACGCGAGCGGGGAAUGCGACAUUGCCUGCGCUGCAAAAGUUACAGAAGUGAUUGUGAUACCAAGCGCCGAGGCCAUAUUGGACACGGGACAAAGCGCAUCGGCGAGCGAAAAGAGUGGCGUGAACGUA